CACACAGUCGAGGAGGCUUCCAGUUUGGCGCGCGCGCGGCGCCUCCCGUGCCCGGGCGAGGAUAAAAAAAAGCUCGGAGCGUCGCGAGCCCCCACCCUCGCCAGCCGUCGUCCCAGGCGGCGCGCAGCAGGGCAGCCCCCCUCGCAACUGGCUUGGGGUCACCACCCGCUCUACGGAACACAUACGCACAGCAAGAAGUCAUGGACCAGCUCGAGCCCAUCAAAGUGCUGGGCGAGGGCGCCUUCGGCAAGGUCUACCUCAUGCGCCACCGGCAGGAGCGGACCCUACAAUGCGUGAAGGUCAUAAAAAUAAAAAACAUCCCUAAAAAGGAACGGGAAGCGUGCAGGGCGGAGGUGCAGCUCAUGAAAAGAUUAAGGCACCCGAAUAUUGUCGCGUAUCGCGAUUCGUUUUUAGCUCGUAACAGGGAGUCCUUAUGCAUCGUGAUGACGUACUGCGACGGGGGCGACCUGGGCAAUCAAAUAACCCAAGCGGCGAAACGACGACGCCCAUUCACGGAAGCCAAGGUCCUGCACUGGUUCGUGCAGAUGGCUCUUGGACUACAUUACAUGCACGCGAAUCGAGUACUACAUAGAGACCUGAAAACGCAGAACAUCUUCUUGCUGGGCAAUGGUCGACUCGUGUUGGGCGAUCUAGGUAUUUCGAAGGUACUGGAGGGUACUCUAGACUUCGCGCAGACGUGCAUCGGCACGCCCUACUACAUGUCGCCCGAGAUCUUCAAGAACAAGCCGUACAACCACAAGUCGGACAUCUGGGCGCUGGGAUGCGUACUCUAUGAGUGCGCCACGUUGAACCACGCCUUCGACGCGAACUCGCUGAAUGGGUUGGCCUGCAAGAUCGUGCGCGGAAAGUAUCCUCCGGUCUCGUCUCGCUACUCGAAGCAUCUCUCCGAUUUGGUGGGGGCGAUGCUCGCGACGCAACCGUCGCAGCGUCCCACAUUGGAAGCGAUCCUGCGGCGACCUUUUGUCAGAAAGCACGUCCGGGGCUUCUUCGCGGAUCUGGUGAGGCGGCCGUCGCAGUCGAUCGGCGCCGGGACGCGAGCUGUAAGAGCUGCCGCCGUCUGCGUCGCCGAGGAGCGGUCGGCGUCGUCGCCGGACGUCGAUGCAUUAAGGGCCCAGCUCGAGGAGCUGCGCAUGGGCGAGGUCAUCCAGCAAGCUUUAAAUCCCGACGAGAAUAGUGACGACGACCCGCGCAAGGCGCAGCGGCGCGCGCGCGAGCGCAAGGAGCAGUUACGAAGAGAGGAAGACCGCAAGGGCGCCGUCGAGCAGGCGCUGCUGAGGUUGCGUAAAGAAAGGGAGGCCCGCCUCCGGGACCGGGAGCGGCUGCGCGAGGAGGCUGAGCGGCGGCGACGGCGCGAGGAGGCGCGGCAGCGCAAGCCGCGCGUGCCGCGGCAGCGCGAGUGGAAACGGCCCGUGCCCAGAGAGAGAGCGAGCCGCGUGCGCGCGUCGGCGCCGGACGCGCGGCGCGAGCGCAUCGUCGAACCGGAAAGACGAUCGGUCGACCAGCGGCGGCGCGACCAGCGGCGCGACGACGAGGCAAGGCGGGUGCGGGAGCUCGAGCGGUGGGAGAAUAAGCAGAGGGCCGCGGCGGCGGAGCGCAAGCGGCGUGUCGAGGCGGCACGGCCCCCAAACAACGGCGCCGCGAGGCGGGAGGUCGAACGCGCGAGGGAGGCGGACCGCGCGAGGGACAACGGCGCGCGGCGGGAGGCAGAACGUGCAAGAGAGGCCGACCGCGCGCGGGACAACGACGCCGCGCGGCGGGACCGUGCCCGGGACGCGGAGCGCGCGCGCCAGCGCGAGAUCGUCGAAAAGCUCAAGGCGGACAAGCUCGAGCUAGACGAGGCCGAGGCGCGGCGCCAGGCCCGCGUGCGCCAGGCGGCGGCCGCGGAGCGGCGUCGGGCCGAGGCGGACCUCCUGCGGGAGCAGGAGGAGGCCGCGGAGCGACGGCGUGUCGAAGCAGAACUCCUCAGAGAACAGGAGCGCCGGUUGGCCGCUCGACUCGAGGCGGCGAAGAAGGCGCCUCCGGCCUCGCCCCGCGUCGCCGAGGCCAAGAACCUGCACGACCCCUCGCUGGCGGCGAAGCACGCGUUUUCUCCCAGAAACGACGGCCUCAACGCGCGCGACCGCGUCUUGAUGCGGAAGCGCGCCGCCCAGGAAGCGCGGGAACGCGAGCUGAACCAGGCUUUGGCCGAGGCGCGCCAGGAGUCCGCCGAGCAGGCGCAGCAGGCCAAGGCCUGGGGUGACGCCCAGUACCGGUCGUCCAUGGACUCGAAGCUUCCGCGGCGGCCCCCGAAUUCGCCGCGGCGCCCCCCGGCGACGCCGCCCCGGUCGCCUCCGAUGUCGCCCGAGGCCAAGGUCGCAUCGCCGACUCGCUGGGCCUCGCCCUCGCCGCGGCGCCCGGCUGCCUCGCCCUCGCCGCGGCGCCCGCCGAUGACGCCCGACACGCCCGAGCCGCGGCGUCUCACACCUGACACGCCGCCCCAGUGCCCGCCGACUCGCGACGGCCCGCCGACGCGGGACGACGACGCUGACCUCGUGCUGGACUCGGAAUCCGAAGACGAGGAGGCCGCAAUCGGCUUCGCGGUCGCCGCGCCCGAGCACAUCGAGGACGCGGAGCAAGACAUCCAGAAGCGCGAGGACGAAUUGCGAGCUGAGCUCGAAUUGACUUCGCAACGCUGCGAGGAGCUCCGCAAGUCGCUUCACGACACGAAGGCGCGGAUGGCGGCGCGCGACGCCGCGCCGGUCGAGGACGAGUCCGAGGACGAGGGCCCCGCGGUGGGCGUGCUGAACGCCGUCGUCGAAGAGGACGAGAGCGACGACGAGGCGCCCGUCCGCGUUGUGCCUCAGUCGCCGCCGCGCGUGCUCGAGUCGCCGCGGACGCCCCAUAAUAAUCUCGCCGACGCGCCGUCGCCGUCGGGCCGCCUGGAGCAGCGUUUGCAAAUUCUCAAGGAACGGUGCAUCGGCCAGAUGGGGGCCCGCCAGUUCCGCAGGGCCUACGACUACCUCAAAUCCGUCCAGGACGCGGACGACGACGCCCUGGACUACGACGUCGACGACGCGGGCCUCGAGAUCGGCGGCGACGCCUAUGACGAGCAGGCCGACGCGGAGACGCAGGCGAAGCUCCUCGCGAUCCUGGGCCCGGACAAGGUGCACCUCGCGCCGCUCGUCGACCAGCUGCUGUUCAUGGAGGAGUCGCUUUAGUAGUAGUAAGUACACAUAUCAC